AUGAGUGCAAAUCAAUUGGGAUUACUUUUAUUCACAUUAUUCCUAUAUAUUCCAUGUGUUGUCACCGUUUGGUGGAACCUCGGGAUGCAAGGCAUAGGAAUUAUGAAUAAUGGUCUCAAUCCGUCAGAUCUAUCAUCUUAUGAGACAAUAGUUGCGGGAGAGCCGGGUCUCACUGGUAUUGGUCUAUCAGUGUCACCAUCAUCAGCAUCGGCACAAUUGCCAGUCGAUAACAAUAUGUUAACAUCUGCUCCCCAGCUCUACGCACAGGACAAACUAAAAAAGUUGCCCUGUGCUCAGUUAAAGGGACUUAGUAAAGGACAAACACAGUUAUGUCACAUAUAUCAGGACCAUAUACCACAUAUAGGACAGGGAGCUAGACUUGGCAUCGGUGAGUGUCAGUGGCAGUUCAAGAACAGGAGGUGGAACUGUUCCACUGUUGAUGACUCAUCUGUCUUCGGACAAGUGCUUACAAUCGCCUCUCGGGAGACGGCAUUCAUGCACAGUAUAACAGCCGCUGGUGUUGUUCACGCCAUAGCCCGGGCCUGUAGGGAUGGACAGUUAGCACAUUGUGGAUGUAGUCGUGCGGCCAGACCUAAAAAUCUUAAUAAAGAGUGGAUAUGGGGUGGUUGUGGUGACAAUAUAGAGUACGGCUAUAAGUUUGCCACACAGUUUGUUGAUGUUAAGGAACGGGAGAACAUCCAUUCUAAGGCUUCCCGAGAACAGGGAAAGAAACUCAUGAAUCUACAUAAUAACGAAGCCGGGCGUCGAGCUGUUAUACGUAAAACACGGGUGACCUGUAAAUGUCACGGUGUGAGCGGUUCCUGUUCACUGGUCACCUGCUGGCAACAACUAUCCAGCUUUCGGGAGGUCGGAGACUUUCUUAAAGACAAAUAUGACGGCGCGACUGAAGUUAAAAUAAACAAAAGAUCAAAAUUGCAAAUAAAAAACUCGCGCUAUAGUAAGCCAACCGCUGAGGAUCUACUUUAUAUGGAUGAGAGUCCCGACUAUUGCAUUGGCAGCGACGAGAGGGGCACUUUCGGCACACGUGGCCGACAGUGCAAUAAGACAUCGCCCGGAACUGAUGGAUGCAAUCUUAUGUGCUGUGGACGAGGAUAUAAUACACAUAAAACAAUGGUUAAAGAGCGAUGCAAUUGUAAGUUUCACUGGUGUUGUUAUGUCGAGUGCAAGACAUGUACCAAAACUGUAGACAUCCAUACUUGCAAAUAA